GAAGAAAUAUUAUUUGAAAGUUAUUAGCUACUUCAGUACCAUAGAAAAAAAGAUGGGAGCUAAUCAAUCUGCUGUGCAUUCUUCCAAUGGAACUGGUGGGUUGAUCAUGCCUAAGAAGUCUGGCCAGGUCUUAAUAUUCCGCUCCUCUUCUAAAUGGAAAAGCCAUUUUCAGUCCUCCAAACAAACAGAUAAACUGUUGGUAAUUCAUUUUACUGCUACAUGGUGUGGACCUUGUCAUACCAUGGAACCUGUCAUUCGCGGCUUUGCUGCUAAGUAUGUUGGUGUGGAAUUCAUUCAGAUUGAUGUAGAUGAACUGGAAGCAGUGGCUCGGGAGUAUGCUGUGCAGGCAUUACCAGCAUUCAUACUGAUAAAGAAGGGGAAAACAGUUGACAAGGUUGUUGGAGCGGAAAAGGCCGCACUCCAGCACAAGAUUGAGAAGUGCAUGGUCUAAUAUUUACAAGAACCAAGUAGGUGGUAUCAUACUACAAGUGAACACAAUAAGCAGAGGAGUAAAAUCUGUAUUGUUUGAAAUUAGGUUCCCUUCUGACCAGACAAAUAUUACAUUAUUUGUAAUAAUAUUCUCAUGCACCAACUGCAACUUUUGAUAAUUAUUUGUAAUUUUUUGCAUUUCCAAAAGUGAUUGUAAACUUAUAUGCUAUACAUAAGACUGAAGAUCAAAAUAUUCGAAUACAAGUUGAU